CGUAUCUCAGUGCUAAAACAACUCACGUGUUUAUUCAUUCGCGCCGUUUUUCAUAUUACAAUGUGUGUGUGAAUGUGUAACUUGUACAUUUUCAUUAACUGAUAAUCAUGUUCACAAGGUUUGAUGCUAACAAAUCGACCAAAGGAGCCAGCAAGCUACGAAGGGACCUAAUAAAUGCAGAAAUCGCAAAUUUGCGUGAGUUGUUACCUUUACCACCGUCGACAAGGCAAAGACUUUCGCAACUUCAGCUUAUGGCACUAGUCUGUGUAUAUGUCAGAAAAGCUAAUUAUUUUCAACAAGCUUUCAAAUGCCAUGAUGUGGGAUUGCACCAGCCACCAACGCCCAACAUCGGAUUUUCAAAGGCCUUAAGUGGCUUUCUGAUGAUGAUGACUCAAAAUGGUAAGCUGUUGUACAUAUCGGACAAUGCUGCAGAGUACCUGGGACAUUCCAUGGUGAGUGUUUUACAGGAGGAUCUCUUGAUCCAUGGAGAUAGUGUAUACGAUAUUAUAGAUAAGCAAGAUCACCAAGCAAUCCAGUGUGAGUUAGGACGGCCAGUAAAUUCAGGAUCAAAUAGUAACCCUAGUGAAGAAAUUCGUUUAUUUUUAUGUAGGAUGAAUGUUUCUAGAAACGCCAGACGCCAAAUGCGAUUUGGGGACCAAAAGGUAGUGCUGGUGCAGGGCCGGUACUUGUCCUUUUUGCCACUGUGCAGCCGAAACGAACCAGUCUUCCUCGCCACUUGUACACCGGUGGCAAUGCCUGAAACCAGAGAGUGUGUCGUGCAGGGCGCCACCAACGUCUUCACUUCCAUACACUCGAUGGACAUGCGGUUUAUACACAUCGACAACAACGGCGAAUUCUACUUGGGCUUUCCGCGCGCCGAUCUGCAGGGGGUGUCCUGGUACCGGCUGCUGCAUUGGGAAUGCACGCGUGAGGCCCAGACAAAACACCGACUCAUCACCCAAUCGGAACAGGAACGCUCAUGUAUUCUCUUGGCUCAAUUUCAGCGACGCUCCGGAGAUUGGCUGUGGAUGCACUGCGUGUUGCAAGUUAAAGAGAGCUCCGAAAGCAAUCAACAGCCUGUCAUCGUCUGCACCAACCAGGUGCUCAGCGAAGCCGAGGCUGCCGUCAUGCGGACCAACAACUGGCUGUAUCACUACUAUUCGGUCCAGAACAAGCUCCAGUAUGGGCUCGCGUACGACGUGGGUCCCUCGUCCAGACUGCUCUACUAUCCGGAGCACCCUCCGGGGCCGGAGUUUCCGCCGAGCCACGAUUCCGGGGGGUACUCGCACCUUGGCGCAAUGCCGGCAGCGUUACAGACACACCUCACGCACCACUCGACUCCCACACAUCCUCACCACAGUCAGCACCAUCACCACCAUCGGCGCGUCGAUUCGGAACCGGUGGAUUACUCAUAUAGCAAAAGGAAACCCAAAGAACUCCAAAACCUCGAAUUAGACGUAAGGGAUGUGGAAUCGGCGGACGUGGAAGGUGGUAGUACCGGAUUGUUAAUAGUUUCCCAUUUAACGGAACGGCCGAGGACUCUUCUUAAAGUUGAUCCGAGUGAACUUAUGGACCAAUGGAAUCCGAGUCCGCCGUGGUCGGAUACGCUGCAAAAAGUUCCUGAUUUAUGUCAUCAAGAACUGAGUCCCUAUAUCGGAAGUGCACCUCCUACGCCAACGGCAACUCCCAGUACGCAAACUGGAAGCGCAUUUUCCUUUGAUUGGAUGCCUGAACAGUAUGUUCCUUCAAUGACAGCAGUACCUUCGACGGAUGACGGCGAAAGGCAGAUCUACUGGCCUUCGGAACACAGAUUAUUUCCUCUACAACCUCCUCCUAAAAGAAACCAUCCACCAUCAGGGCGUUCCGAAUCUGCAGAUCGUGAUACACCUUAGCAUUCCAGUGUGCUAUGUGCAAUACUAUCGAACUUAUUUAACUUAUUUAUUCUUUGUAUGUAUAGGUGAUUUUUUUUUUCAGAUUCAUCAAAGUUAUUGUGCACCGUCAUACGGACAAUCAUUUCCGCUAUUCUGUUGCCACAAACUCUGUAACGAACCUUUGUUGCAAAUUGCGAGUAUCUCGUACUAGCGUAACUGCUAAAUUAUUAUCAUACUAGUCACUUCUAAGAGAACGUAUAUUAAAUUUAAUGCAGAUGUGGCAAAAAUUUCCAUCCAUCUGAAGUCUUCAUGGUACACUAGUACAAAGUCUGUAUUUACACCACAAUUGUAAGACGAAUCUUCGAUACUUGUCCGGUUCCGAGUUAUACCAUGUGGUAAAUACGAACUAUUUUUACACAUGCGGAAGUCUUCGGUAAAUUUAAAGCCACCAUAACAAUUUAACUAACAUAUCGCGUGAAAAAAAUCGCAUAUUCACGUAAAAACUUAAACUUGACAGUUGUCGACACGAGUCACCUUCCAUAGAUGAUUCGAUCACAUUUUUCACGCACAGGAAUCAAAUUUUGUAUUUAAUCAAAGCAACAGAACUCCAUGCCAGUAACUAGAAAAUAUUGUGGUGCAGAAUAGGUGAUAAUAAAUUCAAUGCUAUUUUUAAGUUAAUAUUCAAAAGCAGUGUGCAAUGUACCAAGUCCACUAACACGAUCUACCAAUGAUUCCUACACAUGUGUUCAUCUUAGUGGCCAAUAAUAUGGGUAUUUUACGACAUUAUAAUGCAAUGGUUCCUCCAGUACAUGUACAUUAGGUACGACAUGGUAGUUAGCAAAUUGGAUAUUUUUUUAGGAUACAACAAAACUUAAGUUUUCAAAUUUAUAAAUAUUCGUAGUUACCCAAAGGUUCCAAGAAUUGGUGACCUACAAGGUACUUAAUUAAUUCAACGCACUCUUGUCCGAAAAACCUGGGUAAUAGUAACAUUAAGCCCGCGUUAUAAAUAACUAGACUGCUCUAACGUAUGGUCAACUAAACUUGGUAUCAUCAAACCAGAGUGACAACCUCCAAAAAGAUAUAUUUUUAACGAAUCGUCAGACAUACUAAUUAACGUCAACGGUGGCAUUUGUAACAUCAUUGCUUUUUUUCAAAAUCUAUGAUUCCAAGUUUAAUCGAUCGUGCUUCUUAUUAAUUUAUCAUUAAAAUUCACAGACUGAAAAUAACAAAUACACACAUGUUGCUUUUUUGUGGAAAUACUAUACUUCUUAAUUUACUUUCUCAGCACUGCGUUACUUCUACCAUGACAAUGAAUUUAAUUUACAUUAGAUUAUUAAAGACGAUUCGCUAACAUCUUAUCCUUUUCUUGGUGUUAGCUUAAUGUCUAAUCCAAAGUUUAAUAAACUGUUGUGAUAAAAAUGUAAAUUUAAUAAAGUAGUUCAUUUUGAUAACGUCCACGACUUUAUCUACUGUAAAACGUACUUUUAAUGUCACUAGCACGUUUCAGUUCUAUCAACACUUAAAAAAAUGGCUGUUUUCGAUAUGAAUAAAUCACAUACUUACCUAUUUCAUGUUGCUAGUAUGACAAAAAUUGACUGUAUAUAAUUAGGAACUUUAUGCAAAUAUGAUCGUUUCAGCCACAGGUUAUAAGUACACAUAAUUAUUUUACGUAUGUGACAGUUUUACACAGCAGAUAGGCAUUAUCAUUAAUUAAUAAGAAACUUCAUCUUUGCAUCGAAAUGUUAUUAUUGUUAAUCUUUAUUUAUAAGAGAAAGAGAAUUCACAAAGUGAAUACCGUGCGUAGGUUCAAAACAAGAUGGCUAUAACACGGUGAUGAUUAGUUCCUGAAAAGUACUUUUAAGGUUAAAGCGUUAUAAUAGUCUUGAUUGUACCUUUAUGUAACGACUAAACUAACAUGCAUACACUAUGUGACUAAAGAAUAGUAAAAGUAUUUUUUAAUCAAACAGUAUAAAACUAGAGUCUAAAUAUUAAGUAUUACUAGUCCAAGUGGGCAAAUUCUUCACGAUUUAGUCAUUACAUAAAUGGACGUUUUUACAAUAGGUAUUAUAUUUAAUACCUACCUGGUACAUUUUUGUACUGGAUU